AGUCGCUAGAGGGCGCGCAAUCAGUCUGAACAAACGCCACAACAAUCUUUUUAUUAGUGAUUUCGACGAGUCAUGAACGGUAACUCGAACGGAAAUUCGGCGGUAAUCGAAGAAUUACAAUGGGAGGUGGGACUAGUGAAUUUAGCCGGUAGGUAUCUUACGGCAGAACAAUUCGGAUUCAAGAUAAAUGCCUCGGCGACAUCUUUAAGAAAGAAACAACGCUGGGUUAUUGAACACGGUGAAGAAGAUGUUGUCUAUAUUAGGUCUCACUUGGGUCGUUACUUAAGCGGCGACAAAAAAGGCAAUGUCACUUGUUGUUCGGAGACGAAGGGACAGCAAGAACAAUUCGUUAUUGAAUAUUGCCCUAAGAACUCCGGAAGAUGGGCAAUUCGAAACCGGUAUACAUCCUAUUACUUUGGAGGCAACGAAGACUUUUUGCAGUGCUAUGAGAAAGAACCAACUUCCGCCGAAUGGUGGAGUGCUCAUCUAGCCGUUCAUCCACAAAUUAAUUUACGAAACGUCAAUAGAAAGACAUUCGCUAGACUAGAACACGAUAGUCUUGUCUGCAGUGAGACCAUCCCUUGGGGUUGUGACAGUUUAAUCACUAUUGAAUGGAAAGGUAACGAAAAAGAAGCAAAAUACGCUGUUAAAUCAGCUGAUAACCGGUAUUUGCAAAACAACGGAGAACUUUCACAGAAUUCAUCUUCGGCAACUCUCUAUCGAAUAGAGUUAAGAUCUGGGCAAAAUGGAGGUCUGGCUUUUAAAGACAAGGACGGAAAAUAUCUUACAGCAGUUGGCAAAGGAAAAAUACAAGCCAAAAAUAAGACCAUAAGCCGUGACGAAUUGUUCGUACUCCAAGAUAGUCAUCCUCAAGGAGUAGUGACCGCGCAUAAUGGCAAGAAUGUGUCAAUUAGGCAAGGUGUAUCCUUAUCGGCUAAUCAAGAACGAACGGAAGAUGAGGAGACACAUCAAAUUGAAUUUGAUAAGGGAACUGGUGGAUGGUUGUUUAGAGCUGGAAACGGAAAAUUGUGGACGGUUGUCUCGGCUGGUAUUGAGGCCACAGCUAGUAAAAAAAGUAUUGAGACCCUAUUCGACCUAGAAUACUUCUCCGAUGGAUGGAUGGCUGUUAAAGCAAGGGCUAACGAUAAGUACCUCACUGCCAGGGGAACAGGAAGUUUAUCUGCCUCUAGUUCCUACAAGGACGGAGAUACUGAAAGGUUUUUAUUCACUAUGAUUAACCGACCUAUAAUUGUGCUACGUACUGAAUACGGAUUCAUGGGGUGUAAAACGGUGAAUAAUCCAAAAAUUGAAUGUAAUAAGACUUCUUACGAUACUCUUUAUCUGGAGACCGUAAAUGGGCAAUACUUUAUCAAAGCAAUGACGAACGGUGAAUAUCAUUAUUGGGCAGUUGCAACUGACAACAGCCUAAACGCCGAUUCCAGCGAACCUUAUCCAUUCUAUUUGGAACACUCGUCACAAAGUAAAUUCGUUAUAAGAACGCCGGAAAACGUUUAUCUGAAGUGUGAACAAAACGGAACAGUUACGGCAAAGGCGAGCAGACAAACCGCUACACAAAUCGAAUAUUAG